AGGCCGAAAGCGAAAGCGGAUCACAAGGGGGUAGCCCGUCACCAUCAGCGCUCACGCCUCGCGCACCUGCGCUCUCCCUCCCCCUUCCCGGCCUAGGUGUCGGAAGCGCGGUGGGGAGGAAGCGAACGCGCCGCCGUCCGGGUCUCCUCCGCCUCCUCCUCCCGAGAAUCGACUUCUAUUUUGCCUCUGCAUCCAGGUUAUUUAGAACUCUGUAUUCAGGACUGCACAAUGUCUAUGAUAGCAGCAACUCUUCGUCGAUCGUCUAGAGUAACUGGUAGUCAGAAUAUCAUGGAGAUAUGUCUUGGACCUUGUGUAUCUUCUGGUGCUUCUUCAAGGUGGUUCAGCAGCUGUACUAAGCACUCAAACACUUCCAUACUUAACCAGAUCAAGGCAGUUGAUCGGUAUUCUCCAGUUAAUGGUAUGUCAAUGAUCAGUAGGGUGCCUCUUUCAGCUCAUAUGGACACAAACUGGUUGUCUACUUCAAAUCCCAGAUUUAAUGCACUGCCAGGAUUCUUAGGUGCUUCAAGCAUCUGCCGAGCAUACUCCUCAGACACUGGGAUUAAGGCAGAAGUUCCACAGAAUACUGUCUCAAAUGUACCUUCCACAGAAACCGUUGCGCUUGGAACAUCUGAUGGUGGUAGUUCUUGGAUUGAUAUCUUCGACAAUGCUCGCAAGUGUACUCUAGAUGCUACCACUGAUGCAGGCAAGAAAGUUAAGGAGCUGACUGAUGCAAUUACACCUCAUGUACAACAGUUCUUUGAUGCAAAUCCAAACCUAGAAAAGGUUGUGGUUCCACUUGGCGGGACAAUCUUUGGUACAAUGAUGGCUUGGUUUGUCAUGCCUAUCGUUUUAAGGAGGAUUCACAAGUAUUCGAUACAGAGUCCUAUAUCAGCACUUUUGGGGAGCUCAACAAAGAAUGAUGUCUCGUAUGAAACUAGCCUCUGGAGUGCAUUGGAGGAUCCUGCGAAAUACCUUAUCACAUUUAUGGCAUUUUCAGAAAUGGCUGGAUUCACCGCACCAAGCAUAUCAGCUUAUCUUCCACAGGCAUGGAGGGGUGCAAUUGUUCUCUCUUUUGUCUGGUUCCUUCAUAGGUGGAAAACAAACUUCAUCACUAAAGUUGCUGCCUCAAGUAUUGAUCAAACCAGGUUGUCAGCAUUUGAUAAGAUCUCGUCAUUAGGACUGAUUGCACUUGGAGUAAUGGCUCUUGCAGAGGCUUGUGGUGUAGCUGCUCAGUCAAUACUAACUGUUGGUGGUGUGGGAGGUGUUGCUACUGCCUUUGCUGCUCGGGAUGUCCUUGGUAACAUGCUCAGUGGGUUCUCCUUACAGUUUUCUAGUCCAUUCAAAGCUGGAGAAUACAUAAAGGCUGGGUCAAUAGAAGGCAAGGUGAUUGAAAUAGGACUGACUUCUACGGAAUUGAUGAAUCCAGAACAACUUCCUGUCACUGUACCCAACUCUCUGUUCUCCAGCCAGGUGAUAGUGAACAGAUCACGAGCUAAAUGGCGAUCCAAUGUGACAAAGAUUCCUAUUAGAAUUGAGGAUAUUGAAAAGGUUCCUGCCAUAUCAGAGGAGAUAAAAGUUAUGUUAAGGUCCAACCCAAAGGUUGUCUUAGACUCAGAAGCACCAGCUCCUUAUUGUUAUCUUUCAAGAUUGGAAAGUUCAUAUGGAGAGCUCACCAUUGGAUGCAACCUCACGAAAAUGACAAAGGAUGAGUGGCUGUCUACAACACAAGGCAUUCUUCUGGAGGCUGCUAAGAUUAUCAAGUUACAUGGCGUUGAACUGGGAAGCACCACGCAGUGCUGCUGAUUACGGUGCUUUUGGAAGUUCUAAGUAGGUGAAUUACGUUAGUCACACUCAACAGAAGUACAUAGGUUGGUGGCUUUGGAACACUUCUAGUGCGAAGGCAAGGACGUCCUUUAGUCUUUUUGGUAUCUUCAGAUUUCAGACCCUCGACUCCAUUGCUUUCUGUUAACCGCGUUUUUUUUAGCUAAGGUCAAUUUCCAACUCUCUUUAACUUUCCCUUCGCUUGAUAUAUCAUCCGCUAAUAGCCUAACAGAGAGAAGCACUGCCAAUGAGCCACGGUAAACAUUUUGGUCCGCAUGCUGAUAAUGUGAGCGGGUAGUUUACCCCUGUUUCAAUGCA